AUGGCAUCAACACAGGCCGCUCCAAUCGCUCUACCGCGCGUCGCAAUAACAUAUUGCACGCAAUGUCGGUGGAUGCUGCGGGCAGCUUAUUUCGGCCAAGAACUCUUAUCAACAUUCGGAUUGCAAAUCGGCGAGAUAGCGCUUAUACCUGCGACGGGUGGACUUUUCACUGUCGAGUUGACGUAUAUUCCGUCCUCGGACGAAGGUCAAAGUGUAGAGGCAAGGAAAGUGUUACUUUGGGAUAGAAAGACUGAAGGAGGGUUUCCAGAGACGAAAGUAUUGAAGCAGUUGGUGCGAGAUCAUAUCGAUCCUAACCGAGACUUGGGGCAUUCGGACAAACAUGGCAAGAAGAAAGAAGAGAAGACUGAGGAGAAGAAGCUAGAGUCAGAGGUGAAGCAAGAGCAGAUUCAGGCAAUUGAGGGUGUAGAGGUCAAGAGGAAUCCAGAUGGGACUGUUUGCGAGGAUUGCAGAUAA